AUGUCGAGCGUUUCUUCUAGAAUUUUCCUAUUUAUGUCAUGUAUAAUCUGUCUUUGCAGCAAGGAAUACGACACCUUCUUCUGCAGAUCGUCUAGCACGAGCUACAGCAGAAAUUUGUCGGAGAAGCCUCUGAAGAAUGAAUGGAAUACAGUAGUUGGGGGCACCUUAGAAGGGGAGGAUGGCACCACGGACCAUGUAAGCAGUGCAUAUUUACAAGGAACUCCCUCAGAUUGCAACGAUGCAUCCAAUGAAGGGUACGAUAAGCUUUCCAAGUUGGAGGACAAAUUGAAAGAAGAGUGGAACGAACUAUCCAUGAUGGAAAUAGAAGAUUGGUUUAAUGUCAUAGUAGGAGCUGUUGAUACAUUAACUACAGAAUAUGAUUCCUCCAACGUUAUGGAAGAUAAGGGAAGCAGUUGGUCUAAAUUAAUAAAAAUGUUAACUGCUUUUCGAGAAGCAGAAAUUAAGGAGAACAAUGCCAUUUUCGCGAAAUUUCUGGAUUACUUGCGAGAAAAAAGGGAAAAAGAACCAAGUGAUACUUUAACUGAAGAGGAAGAAAACAUCUGGAAUGAUAUCAAACUAUUAAAACAAGAAAAAGAUGCGAAGUGGAAAGAAUACCACGUGGGAACUUGGAAAUAUUGGUUCCAGAAGGAAUUUCCCACAGGGAAGCAGAUAAAGAAUGAAUAA